UUUCACUCAAAUCUUAAUGGGUUCAGGAUCUUUUGUUGGUAUAAAAUUCUGUCCAGAAUGUAACAAUAUGCUCUAUCCUCGUGAAAAUAAAGAAUUUCGUCGAUUAAUGUAUGUUUGUCGAAAUUGUGAACAUAGUCAAAUUGCUGACAAUCCUUGUAUUUAUGUUAACAGACUUACACAUGAAGUCGACGAGCUUACCCAAAUUGUUGCUGAUGUUGUUCACGAUCCAACUUUGCCCAGAACUGAAGAACACGAAUGUCCGAAAUGUGCUAAAAGGGAAGCUGUAUUUUUUCAGGCGCAGUCUAGACGGGCGGAAGAGGAAAUGCGUCUUUAUUUUGUUUGUGCUGGAUGUCACCAUCGAUGGACAGAUUAAAUUUGUUU